AUGGUGAAGAAGGAUUUGUUUGAGUUGUUUGCUGAGAGAGUUAGAGACAACAAGGGGUUGGAGUCAAGAUGGGCCGUUAUGGAGGAAGCACGAGUCGAGUACUUCAGAGGGAAAUAUUUCGUGAGCUUCAUGAAGAAUCACCCCGAGUGUAAAGAGAUUCUCGAAGAAGAUAGUGACCUCGACGCUGAAGAUAUCGCUAAUGUCUUGUUGGGGAAGAACCUCUUGGUUAGAUGUGAUCGUGUGGCAGUGAGAGCAGUUGCUUUUGGUGCUAUGUGGAUUCUCCUUGGAAAGCGUGUCUGGUUCUUCCCCAACAUUCUCGCAGAGGAAGCCACAUUGAAGGAGCUAUUCGGUUUCUGGCCAAAGAAAGACGAGGAAGAACCUCCCAAGUGGACGUCUCGACUUUUCUACACAGUUGUGGCUGUUGUUGUUGUCAUGCUGCUCCGGCGCCAUGCCCCUGACGAGGCUGCUCGGGCCAGGUACCAAAGAAGGAUGUCCAACAUCAUUGAUGAUGUCCUUGAGUGGUCACCAAAGCUAGCACUCUCUUGUUUAAUGGAGAAUCAGCCACCUGUGAACAUCAGAGAGGCUGCUAACAACUCCUCAGAUGCAGCAGGUCCUGCCCAUACUGAAGAGGCCGACCUAGAGGAAGCUGAAGACUUGACCAACCCUGAUAUAAAAAGAUAAAAAAGUAUAGAAACAAAAGUUAAUUG